AGCAAGGUGGGUGACGCUUCUCAGCCAAGUUUGCCUGGGGCCAGCCGCCAUGAGCGAGCUGGGUGCUCAGAAGGACAGUGAUGGCACUGUGUCUCGCCUGCUCAACGUGGUGGAGAGUGAGCUCCUAGCAGGGAGGGAGAAGGGUGACCCUACAGAGAAGCAACUUCAGAUCAUCCUGGAGGAUGCGCCUCUCUGGCAGAGGUUCAAGGAAGUCACUAAUGAAAUGAUUGUGACCAAGAACGGCAGGCGAAUGUUCCCUGUCCUGAAGAUUAGUGUCACAGGGCUGGACCCUAAUGCCAUGUACUCCCUACUGCUCGACUUUGUCCCAACGGAUGGUCACCGUUGGAAGUAUGUCAAUGGGGAAUGGGUGCCCGCAGGCAAGCCGGAGGUCUCCAACCACAGCUGCGUCUACAUCCACCCAGACUCUCCCAACUUUGGGGCCCACUGGAUGAAAGCCCCCAUCUCCUUCAGCAAAGUGAAGCUGACCAACAAGCUCAAUGGAGGCGGGCAGAUAAUGUUGAAUUCUCUGCAUAAAUAUGAACCCCAGGUUCACAUCGUGCGUGUUGGAGGUGCCCACCGAAUGGUGAUGAACUGCUCCUUCCCUGAAACCCAGUUUAUAGCUGUGACAGCAUAUCAGAAUGAGGAGAUAACAGCUCUCAAAAUCAAGUACAACCCUUUUGCCAAAGCUUUCUUGGAUGCCAAAGAAAGAAAUCACCUAAAAGAUGUUGCAGAGCCUCUCUCUGAGAGCAAGCACAUGACCUAUUCUCAUGUGGGGGGCUGGAUCUUUUCCAAUCCGGAUGGAGUGUGCACGGCAGCAAACGCCAAUUACCAGUAUGCGACGUCCUUGCCUCUGCCAGCUCAGCACUCCCACCACGGCUGUGAGCAUUACCCUGGCCUCCGGGGACACAGGCAGGCUCCUUACCCUUCGGCCUAUGUGCAUAGAAACCAUUCUCCCACAGUGAACUUGAUAGAAAGCUCAAGUGAUAAUCUGCAAGUUUUCUCAGGACCUGAGAGCUGGACCUCUUUAUCCUCUACACCGCAUGCCAGCAUCCUGUCUGUACCACACACCAAUGGGCCCAUCAAUCCAGGACCGAGCCCCUACCCAUGCCUGUGGACCAUCAGCAACAGCAGCGCGGGCCCUGCUGGGCCGGGACCGGAAGUGCACUCUGGCUCCACCGGCACUUUUCUCCUGGGUAACCCAGCCAUGCCUUCACCCCACUCUGUGCUCUCCACUCAAGCAUCCACUUCGGCUGGCAUGGAGGUUCUAGGGGAGCCCUCACUGACCAGCAUUGCCGUGUCCACCUGGACGACAGUGGCCUCCCAUCCUUUCUCAGGCUGGGGUGGGCUGGGUGGGGGUGGGCGCCAUUCUCCUUCCUCCUUGGACAGUUAAGCAGGGUCCUUAGGA